AUGCCGGUGAACCGUCUGAAAAUGGUAGGUAACAGAGGCCGAUCGUUACAUAAUCAUGGCAGUCAAAUGAAGCAGAGAGCCAAAGAAGCAAAUACAUUCAGAUUAUUUGCACAUUUGGUCUGCAAAAAUGAUCAUGAGUCAUCUGAAAGUUAGGUUGCAAUCGCUUAUUUACAUGAUCUGAACUGUCACUUGAUCAGAGUCUGUGCUGCGCUGCUGCAGAGAUGCUCUGUAGUGUUUGAGCUCUGGUGUUUUCAGCCUUGAAUUCAGCUGAAUUUAAGGCAUUAUGUGUGCAGAAAUUUCAUAAUUCACUAAACUGCACCGAUUGCACAUUUCCCUACUGUCUCCAUUACCUAAAGGGCUUGAUUUCAAAUUGUUUCUUGGUUUACUUUUAGGAAAUGCUGGACUUUUAUAAUGUAAUUCAUCACUUGAAUGGGUAAUCUUUUCCACUUUUUAUGCAGAUAUACCAAAUUCCCUGGAUCUACACGCCGGCGAGGACUGUUCUAGCAAUCUGGAACCAGUUAACUAAAUCCCAGGUAACAAAACUCUCUCCUUUCUCUCCAACCUGUCAUGUCUGUCAGGUUCACUUUAUUUUUUGCACAUUCAUGUUUGGUUUGUCUUUUCUGUUUUAUUUUGAAAUCACUAACCCUUGUCUCUGUGUUGUUGCUUUGCUUCCUGUCUGCCCUGCCCCUGUCUUGUCACACCUGCUCCCUGAUUGUUUCUCCACACCUGUGCCUCAUCAGCCCUCAUUACCUCCUGUAUUUAACCCCAUGUAUCUCACUGUCUUGUUGCCAGUCCAUUGCACUUUAUAGUCCUUGUUCCACUCUUUUUCUUCACAGCCACAGUCAUAGCCUCUUGUGUUUUGAACCUUGCUUGUUUUUGGAUCUUGCCUUUUUUUGUCUGCCAAUUUUGAUACCACUGCCUGUCUGGAUUGAUCUCUCAUGUGCUGACCUCUGCUUGUUUCUGAUUAAACCCUUUUUGCCUCUGACCUCUGCUUCAGUGUCUGCCUUUGUGUCCUCCUGCUCUGAGCCAUUCUCGACACAACCCCUCUCUUCCCCUAACCUUGCAUCUGGAUGAACAUGCAAUGUAACCCAUAUCUCUGUUUUUUGUUUGUUUGUUUGUUUGUUUGUUUGUUUGUUUGUUUUUUUUCAGGUCCCAGAGCUCUCUAAGUGCUCAGUGCUGAUGAGGGAUCGCAGCAGUGUGGAGGAGACCAUCCAUGCCAUGCAGCGAGCAGGUGCAGGCAGCCUGCAGGUAAGUAACCCAGGAGUAAGAUUUAUCUUAAAGAACUAAUAUAUAAUGUUUGAGUAGGUGGAUGUUGAUACUAAGUUUACAUUUGUAAAAUCAUUAAAAUGUAAACUGUCGUUAUGAGGUCCUCAUCUUUUGUAUCUCAGCAUUGUUGUAUGGCUGGUAACUAUAAAUCUAACUUCUGAGUUGAAUAUGUUUCCUCAGGUGAUCUCCGACUUUGAUAUGACACUGACCAAGUUUGCCCAUGAGGGCAAGAGAGUCCCUACAACACACAGUAAGACAGCAAGGCACACACAAUUAAUCAUUUAAAAAAGAAUAUAUGCAUCUUGGCCAAACUUACUUUGUCAUUAUUGUUGCCUUGUCCUUUACUUGUAACAGUUAUUUAGUUUUACUGAAUCAGUCCUAAGCUCAUUUUCCUGUCCUCCUCUAGACAUCCUGGAUAACCGGUUGUUGAUCAGUGAAGAUGGCACUAAAAAGGUAAGUUUAAUGGACUCAUAAUGUCCUUAGUCCCCAGGGGAUUUUAAGCCUUCUGCAGCUGCUGAAUAAACUUAUGUUUGUGGUUCUUAAAAUCUGGUGGGGGGAUUGUGCCUUUUUAAUAGUAGCCCUGAAAUUAUGGAACUCUCUACCCCCUGAACUACUUUUUAUCAAUGACCUGACUCUUUUUAAAACUCACCUAUUUACACAGGCUUUUAAUAUCUAGUGUCAUUUGCCAUUUGCUUUUUGAUUGUUUCUUUGUUCUCUCGCAUUUUUAUUGUUAUGAUAUCCUGUGACAUUUGUCACUUGCCAUGUAUUUUCUUUUCCUGUGUUUGUGUAUUUGACUGUGUAAAGCACUUUUUUCAUCUUUCCGGAUGUUGUGAGGUGCUAUAUAAAUGUUGUUAUUCAGAUCUAAACACUGUAUGCAGCCUAAAGUAUGUUUGUUUUUUAUUGGUCCAUUGGUAGAUGCGGGAGCUGUUGAACACCUACUACCCUAUUGAGAUUGAUCCCAGCAGGAGUAUUGAAGAAAAGCUGCCCCUUAUGGUAGAGUGGUAAGAAACUAAGAACGCAUGUCCAUUCCAUUCUGAGUUCAUGUACAGUCAUUUAUUUGACGCUCAAAAGUUGCUACAAAAUAAAGUAGAAAUUUAGGAAUCAAAUUCAAAACAUCAUUUUUCUGAUGCUGCUCUCUGCAGGUGGACUAAGGUCCAUCAGAUGCUGAUACAAGAGAGGAUCAGAAAAGACCUGCUGGCCCAGGCUGUCAAGGAAUCCAAGGCUAUGCUCAGGUACACACUGUGCUCAAUUAUUAUACACCUUCAGACUGUGGCACCACAGGAAAAUAAGAAAGUAAUAUAAGGUCCACUGAAAUACACAAAGAAGACCAUAAAAUGUAUUGUGGAAAAUAAAUAACAGCAUUUGCUGAAAGUUAAAAAUACAGUGCAUUAGUAUUAAUUAGUUGGAAGUAAUAUCGGACACUUGAUAUUGAUCAAUCAGAUUGUAUAGAAGUUAGAUUUGAUCAUUUCUUUCACUUUUAUGGUUUAAAAACAGGAUGAAAACUCAACACAAAUCCUCUGAGAAUAUGAAGUUCCAGCAUACUUGAUAUUUUUGAUUUAAUGGGCAGUAUUUGUGGUACUCCCUCAGGGAUGGCUAUAAAGCCUUUUUUGACCAUCUUGAGGAGCAGCAGAUCCCACUGUUGAUCUUCUCAGCUGGUGUUGGAGACAUCCUAGAGGAGGUGAUUCAGCAGAACCAAGUCUUCCAUCCCAAUGUUCAUAUCAUCUCUAACUACAUGGACUUUGACCAAACAGUGAGUUUGACACACCUUGUUCUCUGGGACUGCUUUUAAUGUAUGACAUGCAGUUUAUAUUGUUUCAAUAUUGAUCUUCCAUUAUCCCUAAAGGUUUGUCUGUAAGGUCUGCAGAUGGCUGUUUGAGUCUGGUUCUGCUUGAGGUUUCUGUGACAGAAAGUUUCUUUUAAAAUCAAUUAGGAUUGGAUCUCUAGAUAUCAUUUUUUAAAAUUUAUUUCCCCUUUUUAAAUAAAAAUUAUUUGACAUUCACUCAUAUUCAGUUGAUUUAUCCAUCAAAAGAAUUGACUCCAAACCAAAUUUUUGCAGAGUCGUACUGUCUACCUCUAAAGAUCUAAAUUCUUCCCCCAUCUCUCAGAGUCAUAGUCAAAAUGAGCUCUGUCUUGUCCUUCAGGGGGCCCUGCAGGCCUUUCAAGGUCAACUGAUCCACACCUUUAAUAAGAGAGAAGGUGCUCUAUCACGUGCGGCCACCCUCAGAGAGCUGCAGGGGAGACCCAACGUACUCCUGCUGGGAGACUCUCUGGGGGACCUGACCAUGGCAGAUGGAGUUCCUGAGCAAGAGCACAUCCUUACCAUUGGGUUCCUCAAUGACCAGGUCAGACUAAUACAUUAGUGUUAACCUGGGGUUUCAUUUGUAGCCCCUUUUCCGACAGUUUUGUGAAAAAGUUCUGUUUUCUGUCUCUCAGGUUGAGGAAAGGAAAGAGUCAUACAUCAACUCCUUUGACAUUGUUCUGGUGAAAGAUGAAACUCUGGAUGUCCCGAACGCCAUCCUCAGGUACAUUACCUCUUUGAGGGACAACAAAUAA